AUGAUACGCCAACCGUCCGGCAGCCCCGCCGCUCUCUCCCUCGACGUCAGCAUCGACACAUUCACAAUCGCCGGUAUCAAUGCCCACGUCUACGGGCUCUCGCAGCUGCCGCAGAGCGGCAAGAUGGAUAAUGCCAUUGAGGUGUCGGCGCUGCAUCUGCUGAACCCGCGGCUGUGUGAUCACAUGUACAUGGCGGGGAUUGCGAAGACGGUGCUGGCGGACUUUUACCAGAAGCAGGCGCAGGGGACGAUGGUGGGGAGGGGGCUGAUCUGUGUGGCGUUUGAUCAGAGGAACCAUGGGGAGCGGGAGGUCAAGAACCUCGCCAACCAAGACUGGCGCUCCUCAAACCCCACACACGCCGCCGACAUGUUCAGCAUCUACCACGGCACCUCCCUCGACCUCUCACAGCUCAUCACCUAUCUCCCCACCUACCUCUUCCCGCGGCGCCACUCAGCCCACACACUCACCCAGCACCUGGUCGCCGGCGUCUCCCUCGGCGGCCACGCCGCCUACCUCUCACUACUACACGAGCCGCGCAUCACCGCCGGCGUCGUCGUCAUCGGCUGCCCGGACUUCCUCACACUCAUGGCGCACCGCGCGGCGCGCUCAGGCAUCGCGGGGGGCGUGACGGGCGCCGCGCGCGAGUUCCCGGAGGACCUCGUGGACGUGGUGAAGGGUGUUGAUCCGGCGGCGCUGGGGUGGAGCAGAUUGUGA